GAGCCUUUUUAAGUGCCUAGAAAAUGUUGGAAUGUUUGGAAGACAAACAAGAGACGCUUCCAGAGCAGAUAAACUUUGAGGAUUUCACGGUGAUGCGUAAUGCCGUACGUGAAUCUCAAUCCGACAGUAAGGUGAAAAGGGAAGGUCAAGGGCAGAAGCCGGAGCAACAGAAGCAGCAAGUUGAGGAAGGUGGUGAACCCAAUAAGGUGGAGAAAGCUGCUCAGGAGACAGUUGAAACGCCUUCGAUGCCUGAGACGCAGGAAGAGAAGAAGCCAGAAUCGACAACAGAUACCAGUUGUGAAGGAAGCAACAACGGUGAAGGUGCAAACAGGUAUCUUUCACUGUGUUAUCACGAGAAUGGCAACGACAAUUGAAGAGAACCUCCAGGAAGACAAUUUUCUAUACCAUCGUGUGAGGGAUGUCAACAUUCGAUGUGACCUUGCGGAACAGAAUUUCGGCAUGACAAAGUUGCAGGACAUCUAGAGGAAGGAGCAACGCGGUGGUAUUAAAGAUGCCAUUGCAGGGCAGCGGAAACUCAAGGAGGAUGACAAGAAGGAAUUAACGGAUCUCCUUGAUUGUCAUUUCUGAUCCGGAGAAGCAGCCAAUUAAGUCAGUGUCCUGGAAGACAAACAAGAGACGCUUCCAGAGCAGAUAAACUUUGAGGAUUUCACGUAAGUUUCUGUGAAAGAUUUUUUUAGAAAAAAAUUUAUUCUUAAGAACUUUUGAGAACUUCAAGAAAUUCAAAGUGAAAGAACAGAACUC